GUGGCGAGAUUAAGUAAUGAGAACUUGGGCCCAGUAUUUUUUCCAGCCUGGAAGGGCACACAGUAUGUUCGUAUCCUUUCUGACCUCCCAGGCAUAUUCAAUGUUUUCCAGAUUUAGGAGACUUCAGAAAGGUGGGACAGAUAGAAUGGAGAUGGCAAAGAUCUCUUUGGGUAUAUAUGGGCCUGGCGAAGUAAUGGAAUAAUUUCUAAUUUUUUGGAGAAGCCCUCAUGCCGGGAUGGCAGAAGAUGAGCCUGAUGCUAAGAGCCCCAAGACUGGGGGAAGGACCCCCCCGGGUGGUGCUGAGGCUGGGGAACCUACCACCCUUCUUCAAAAGCUCCGAGGUACCAUUUCCAAGGCCGUGCAGAACAAAGUAGAGGGAAUCCUGCAAGAUGUACAGAAAUUCUCAGACAACGACAAGCUGUAUCUCUACCUUCAGCUGCCCUCAGGGCCCAGCACUGGAGACAAAAGCUCAGAACCGAGUACGCUCAGCAAUGAGGAAUACAUGUAUGCCUAUAGGUGGAUCCGCAACCACCUAGAAGAGCACACUGACACCUGUCUGCCAAAGCAAAGCGUUUAUGAUGCCUAUCGAAGGUACUGCGAGAGUCUCGCCUGUUGCCGCCCACUCAGCACAGCCAACUUUGGCAAAAUCAUCAGAGAGAUCUUCCCUGACAUCAAAGCUCGAAGGCUUGGAGGCCGGGGCCAGUCCAAAUAUUGCUACAGUGGCAUACGAAGGAAGACCACGGUAUCUAUGCCAUACCUGCCUGGACUUGACCUAAAGGGUUCUGAGAGUCCAGAAAUGGGCCCAGAAGUAACCCCAGCACCUCGGGAUGAACUGGUAGAGGCAGCCUGUGCCCUGACCUGUGACUGGGCAGAGCGAAUCCUGAAACGGUCCUUCAGUUCCAUCGUUGAAGUCGCUCGCUUCCUGCUACAGCAGCAUCUCAUCUCUGCCCGAUCUGCACAUGCCCACGUGCUUAAGGCCAUGGGCCUCGCUGAAGAGGACGAACAUGCCCCUCGGGAACGGUCAUCUAAAUCCAAGAAUGGGGUAGAGAACCUAGAGGGCGGAGCCCAUAAGAAACCGGAGAGACCAGCCCAGCCUCCUAAGGAGCUGGAAGCCCGGGCUGGGGCUGGCCCUCCAGUGCGUGGAGAGCGGAAGAAGAGUGUAGUUGAGAGCCCUGCCCCAGCAGCCAGUAACCCGCAGGUUAAUGCCCUAGUGGCCCGGCUGCCUCUGAUCCUUCCCCGGGCCCCUCCCUCACUUAUUCCACCAAUCCCAGUCUCUCCUCCCAUCCUGGCCCCCAAGCUUUCUUCAGGUGCCCUGAAAGUGGCUACACUGCCUCUGUCCAGUAGGGCUGGGGGACCCCCUACAGCUGUGCCCAUCAUUAACAUGAUCUUACCAACUGUUCCUGCUUUGCCUGGACCUGGGCCUGGACGAACUCCACCUGGGGGACUCAUGAAGCCCCAGGGCACAGAGAACAGGGAGGUAGGCAUAGGUGGUGACCCAGGACCCCAUGACAAGGGUGUCAAGAGGAUAGCUGAAGUACCUGUUAGUGAGGCCAGUGGGCAGGACCCACCAGCUAAAGCAGCAAAGCAGGAUAUAGAGGAUACAGCAAGUGAUGCCAAAAGAAAACGAGGGCGCCCUCGAAAAAAGUCAGGUGGAAGUGGGGACAGGAAUUCUACCCCUGAGAAGUCUGCCAUGGAGUCUGCCCAGUCCUCAAGGUUACCAUGGGAGAUGUGGGGCUCUGGAAGGGAAAGCAACUCAGCUGGAGGGCCAGAGAGGCCAGGGCCAAUGGGAGAGGCUGAGACGAGGGCAGUGCUCACCCAAGGUCAGGAAGAUGGUGCUGUUUCCAAAGGAGGAAGGGGCCCCAGUUCCCGGCAUGCCAAAGAAGCAGAAGAUAAAAUUCCUCUUGUCCCCCCAAAAGUGAGUGUCAUUAAGGGUAGUAGAAGCCAAAAGGAGGCUCUUCAGUUGGUAAAGGGAGAGGUAGACACCACAGCACAGGGUAAUAAAGACUUAAAAGGGCAUGUGCUUCAAAGUUCCUUAUCCCGUGAGCAUAAAGACCCCAAAGCAACACCCCCAUGAUAGGUCUGUGGGGAAGAAUGUUUAUAUCCAUACGUUAACUCUACCUGUCUGCCUUGUAGGGGCCCUUCUCUGCACUUGCUUCUUGUUUGGCUAUUCUUUUCCAAAGGGAGUCCAUUCUCCUCUGUAUAGACAGCUGAGUCACCCAGUCUCACAUAGUGCCUAGUUGCUGCCUCUGACCUUUUCAGCUUGAUACCCUUGACUUUAGUGUCACCAAUAAAUCUGUAGUGACCUU